ACAACCACAGGGGUCAGGGGCCUCAGGACCGUCAGGGCUGUCAGUGUGGGAAGUGUUCGAGAACUCACGUGAUGCUCGUGAACCGGGAAGCGCAGGGAGAUAACCCAUGGCAUGCUGUACGUUAGGUAUGCUCCAGUGUGCAUGAAGAAUACUCCAAUACUUCUUUGUCAUCGCCUGAUUACUUCGUACAGUACGCAAUCCAAGAGCCAGAUGGAGGUAGAACCGGGGGGCCGGGUUGUCUCGCACAUGAGUAGAGAGAUCUUGGAGGAAUGCCGGAAUGUGAAGAGGGUGCGGCGGGGGGAUACCCCGGUGCCCAAUCCGAGGAACGCUUUACGACAGGGUCAUUCCAACUGCCGCAAUUGUACCUUAGCUCCGAGACUGGCUGGAUAUACAACGUACUGUGGCGUAUCCCUCGAGAUAAUGGUACAGUCCAUACUCUGGGGGAGCGGGCCCAAGGGACAACAGGGUCGACAACUGAGAAACAAGACGAUCAAGCUGAUCCGGUUCGUUCGGAAGUGCGAGAUGGUCGAUCCUUCUGGCGUUUUGAGUGGCCCAGGUUAUGUCCGGGAAUUGGGGCAUAAUACUGCUUGCCUGUUUCUACCAGGUUCUCCGCGCUGACCACUUCAACAGUAAGGGAAUACCUAAUGCCUGAUAUCCAGAGAAGCACAGUACGCACUUGCAUAUGCUGUUAUGGCGGGGAACGGGGGCUCCUUUUUGGUAAGUCGCGCUCUUGCGAUUUGGAACAAGUCGGUCCUGGCAAAUCGUAGGGGACAAGUCGAAUCCCAGUCGAGUGCGAAACGGGUCGAAGUCAAGUUGAGUAGCAAAGCC